UUGCCAUGGAUGACUGGGACUGCAGUAAUCAACUUGUCCAGAAGCUGGAUUUUUCCAGCUGUGGAGAGGACACAGAGUUAGAAGAGGAUAACAGCAUGCAUGAGGAAGAAGUGAGACAUGUCACUCCACAGAAAAACUGGGCAUCUCAGAGCUGGCGGUCGAACUGUCCAGUCCCUGUAACUCCGCAACGGCAACAAGAAGAUUUCUCUCAGGAUCUCCCAAAGUCUUGGGCAACUCCUGUGAGGAAAGGCAAGGAAUCUCGGAGAAAGAACAUCACACCUUUGGAGAACUACCCUGACACUCCUUUGCACUAUGUCACAUGGCAAAAGCUGCAGCUUUGUGAUACCCCCAACACCCCAAAGAGUCUCCUGAGCAAGACAGCUUUCCCUUCACCGGUGGGAAAAUUCUCCCCCAAAGGGAUAAGAAAUUUGCGGUUCAAUUCAUGUACAGAUUCUGAGGAGCCUCCCUCCAAUUCUCUGGUUAAUAUUAAUCCUUUUACACCUGAUUCAUAUAGACAGAUGGUUUUCCAUCCCAGUGGGAAGAGGAAAACUAGAGGAGAGUUGGAUGAUCCCAGCCAAAAAGAGAGUCCAUUGGAGCUUGGCUUGCCAGCCAAGAGAUUCCUUUUGCGUGAAAGCAACAUGGUUUCUCGUUACAAGAAGGAAUUCCUGGAGCUGGAGAAAAUUGGUGUGGGAGAAUUUGGUUCAGUAUACAAGUGCAUCAAAAGGCUGGAUGGGUGCGUUUAUGCCAUCAAGCGCUCAAAGAGGCCCCUUGCUGGAUCCUCAGAUGAGCAAAUGGCUUUGCGAGAAGUCUAUGCCCAUGCAGUGCUUGGCCAUCACCCUCACGUGGUGCGUUACUAUUCAGCUUGGGCAGAAGAUGACCACAUGAUUAUUCAGAAUGAACACUGCAAUGGUGGUAGCCUUCAAGAUGUGCUUUUGGAGAACUUGAAGACUGCCGAUUAUUUCAAAGAAUCUGAGCUGAAGGAGAUCUUGCUACAAGUCUCCAUGGGGCUGAAAUAUAUUCACUCUUCUGGUCUAGUGCACAUGGACAUCAAGCCCAGCAAUAUCUUUAUUUGUCACAAGCUGAUUGGACUUGCGGGUGUGGAGGAGAGUGACAGUGAAGAUGAUUCCUUUGCCUCUUCUAGCGUGGUAUAUAAAAUUGGAGACCUUGGACAUGUGACAUCCAUAGCUACCCCACAAGUGGAGGAAGGAGACUGCCAGUUCUUGGCCAAUGAAAUCUUGCAAGAGCAAUACUGCUAUCUGCCCAAGGCAGACAUCUUUGCCCUUGCUUUAACCGUUGCUCAAGCGGCUGGUUGUGGAACGUUACCUGCCAAUGGUACCAUGUGGCACCACAUCCGCAAAGGCAACCUUCCAGCAAUCCCACAGCAGCUGUCACGUGGCUUUAUUGAACUGCUCAAGCUUAUGAUUCAUCCUGACCCAGUUAUGAGGCCAUCAGCCACUGCACUAACCAAGCACCCUAUCCUUCGGCCUUCUAUUGGGAAAGCUGACCAACUUCAGAAGCAGCUAAAUGUGGAGAGGUUCAAAACUGCUAUGCUGGAAAGGGAACUGAGGGCAGCCCGUCUAGCUCAGACCUUCAAAAAGGAGCAGGCCAUGAAAAGAGACCUGUCUUUGGAAUGUGCCAGGCCUCAAGAAACUGGAACCAAUUCAAAGCUUAAGAACAACAAGAAACGGCUAGUGGGAGGGAAAAAUGCCCGAUCAUUUAGCUUUACUGCCACUGGCUACUGAGGACUGAAUAAUUCCGGGUUCUCGGGUUACAGAAGCAUAUCCCAGAGAAAAAUCAUCACAAUUGGCUUUCACUUUUUGCACCAUGACUACAAGAAUGAUGGUGCUGAAUCUUAACCUGCAACCAGUCCUAUUUCAAGAUUAUUAUUUCAUUUCAUACCCAGUCUCUCCCUCAUUUUUUCUCCACUGGACGUGACAAUCAUAGCUGGUUUAUGGUGAGGCCAUUAAAACCAUGAGUGCAGGAGGCAUAGGGAUGUAAUUGCAGCUUCUCAAGCCAAAACAUCUCUUAAACAUCAUGGGUGUAUUGUCUCCUCAAGAUUCUCAGAAGAAUAUGUAACUUUAUUUCCUUUCUCUCACUGUUAUAUUUGACUAUUUUAAGAUCCUUUUGUGUUAAUUGCUUUAAAAAAGAUUAGAAAUAGUUGUGUGCUGAACGAGAAUAUUUCUUAAGCAGCUGACUUCUUCUCACACUUGUGGAUGAAGUUAUGUCAUCAUGCUAAGUUUUAAGUCUCUUAAGAACCAGGGAAAUUCACUAGAAAAGUGGUGGUGAACUUCAACUCUCAUUGACCCUAGCUGGCAUAGUCUAUGUUGAACAAUCAUGGAGGUUGCAGUCCUAAAAUAUCUGGAAGGAUAUAGCGAUUCAGUCUUCCAAACAAAAGCAAAAUAUAUUUAAGGUUAACAGUUGUCAGCAAUGAGAUCUUUUUUGAAAUAAACAAGUGCAUCUUUUGACAAUAGAUGUAUCCUGAUUUGGAAACAGGUUGGCUCUCUCUUUUGUUUCCAACAGCAGGUAAGAUAAAUCUUGGCUGGGAGGGUGAAGGGCUUUUUUCUUAAACGGUGACAUAUGAAUGACUGACAUAACUAAUGGAUAAAGGCUUGUAAGUGUCUGGAGUGGGGUAGAUUUUUAAAACACACUGGAAUGGAGGUAAAAAUGCUUUUUGGAACCCCUUUCUUUUCAGGGGAUGACAUUGUGUAAGAUGUUCUUAAUUAAAAUAAAGUAAGCCUUGUGCCCCUGUUAGAGUGUUAGCUUUUGAUGUUGUUGCAGCAACGAAAACAACAGUUCUAUGGAUUCUUCUAUUCGUAAGACUUGAGUAUUGGAAUAGUAAUUUUAGUGGUGGUGUCCAACAUUUCCUUCACUAUAUGACCUCCUCAAACUUUCCUGGACAAAAUUUAGUCUUAGCUGCUGGGCAACGUAAUUUUUUUAGCUGUUGUUUUUUAUGUUUUUCUAAAGAAAA